AUGCAGAGGCCGCUACACAAGCGGAAAGGAGGCCAAGUGCGCUUCUCCAACGACCAAACCAUCGAGCUGGAGAAGAAGUUCGAGACCCAGAAAUACCUCUCCCCGCCCGAAAGGAAGCGCCUGGCCAAAGUGCUGCAGCUCAGCGAGAGGCAGGAAAUUAGGCCAUUUGAUAUUCAAAGAUGGAUAAUCCUGAUAUUUGGGAGAAUAGUUAUGGGAACCAAACCAAUGCAACUGGAAGGCAUCACAGUCUUGCUGGGGAGCCUGAAGUACUCCGGGGACGAUUACCGGCUGCUGGGCGUGGAUCUCUCCCGACUGGCCCAGCUGGAGGGGGCCCUGCGUGGCGCUGGCCUGGACCCCGCGGCGCCCACCCUGAUCCUGGCGGAGAUGGUCCUGCCCUACAUGGAGGUCGAGAGGUCAGAUGCUCUGAUUCAGUGGGCAGCUGGGCACUUUCUGAAGGCCUGGUUCAUUUUGUACGAGCAGAUUCACCCCAGCGACCCUUUUGGCCGUAUCAUGCAAAACCACUUCAGCCGCCUACAGUCUCCGCUCCGCUCUCUGACCUCCUACCCAGACUGCAAGGCUCAACAGAUGCGCUUUCUGCAGAGGGGCUGGACGGAAUGCCACAUCAUGGACAUGAACGAGUUCUACAGGAGCUUUGUGCCUGGAGAAGAGCAGAAGAGGAUUCAAGCUCUGGAGCCCUUUGACGAAUUUGAGGAAUGGCACCUGAAGUGCUCCCAUUAUUUCAUCCUGGCCGCAUCUAAGGGAGAGGACUCCUCUGCACCUCCCGUCUUUCCCAGGGUGGAAGACGGGCGGCUUUUCCACACCGUGAACGUUCUGCGCUCAGGCUGGGCUGUCGUCCUUGGGGGCCGCAAAUCCCCAGUGAGCCUUGCUCUGCCCCCCCUUCGCUUAAAGGGGCUGGCAGAUGCCGAUCCUUUCAGCCCCAGCAACCCUGUCCUUGAGCUCACUCCGCUGCCACCUGUCGAGGGCCUCUCCGUGCCCCGCUGGAGACACACCGCCACAGAAGUCACGCAUGAAGGACAGGCUUACCUCUUCAUCUACGGAGGCUGCAGUUCUGGGCAGUUGGUACUCACCGAUUGGCACUUCCUGCAUUUGGAGGGGCUCCGCUGUCAGCAGAUUCCAGUGGAGGGUCCUGUUCCGGCCGGCCGUCACUCGCACAGUGCCUGCAGCUGGGCAGGAGGGGUGCUCAUCGCCGGCGGCCUGGCAUCCUCUGAGCAGCUGCUGGGCAGCCUCUUGCUUCUGAAGCCAGCCGGGAGAGGCUUCCGGUGGCAUUCUCUGGAGACCUGCCCCCCGCUCACACCCAGGUAUUCACACACGGCUCAUGUGCACCGCGGGAAGCUGUUGCUCGUGGGUGGGGUCUGGCUCAACCCUCCUUCGGUGCCUGGCGUUGCCGUGAUAGACCUGGCGACAAGGGCUUUAGCGGAGUACCACAUUGACACGACAUUUCUGGAGUGGCCCCUGAUGUUACACAACCACAGCAGUGUCAUCAUACCCGACACGGAGGAGAUGAUUCUUACUGGAGGGGGCGGAAACUGCUUCUCCUUUGGGACUCAUCUGAACUGGUCGCCUAUCCGCCUGGAUCUGAGCAGCAUCUGAAGGGAUGGGCUUUGACAUAUUGCAGCCCAAGAGGACAGAAGGGCCGAAGCAGACUGGGUGAUGCAGUGGACUGGACUCCUUGCACUCAAGAACAUUCCCCCCCAUCCCCACCCCCGGUCAUUGGACACGGGCAGCCUGUGGCAAGAGAGCUGUGCUCCUGCUCUGCAGAGCAGAUGUUCCACUGGUGGCCCCCGGCCUCAGGGGGAAGGAGCCCAGGUGUAGGAGGCCACCUGCCCUAAAACUCUCAGCCCCGGCUCCUUUGCUGCCUCCCGGACAGUGGCCCCUGUCAGCAGGAGGGUCCAGUAGGCUUCCGGGGGAUUUUUAUCGUUUCCUUCCUACACCUUCUCCUGUGCCAUCCUCCUCAUGCAGCGUUUUCUAGUGAUCUCAGCCGGUCGGAGAGAGCAACGCUGAGCAAAAGGGGUUUGUUCCCAGCAGCAAAAAGCAAAGCCUGUUCUCAUUCCAGUGAUGGACGUCUAUCGCACAGGCCAUUCCGGGUUCACUUCUGAGCCUCUGGGUUAUAUACCCUAAAUAAUUGUAACGACCUCCUCCUAAGUAGGUAGCACUAUUCAUUUAAUAGUAGCAUCACAAAUACAAUAUUUCGUUAUA